CUAUAAAUGUCAUUGUUGGGCCGCCCCCCUCCACUCCUUCGUCAGACCUGCUUUCCUGCAGGGAGAACUGGGACACCUGAGGGUGCCUGAAACAUGAAGGCCCGCUUUCUUUGUGCCGUUCUCCUCUGUCUGGUCCAAAUGAACUCAGGGGAUGUUCCACCUGUAAUGCGAAAUAUCAUCUGCCUUAUGCAACACGGAGCCUGCAGACUUUUCUUCUGCUUUUCUGGUGAGAAAAAAGGUGAAACCUGCUCCAACCCCUGGAAUAGGUGCUGUAUACCAAACACAGAGGAAGAAAGAAAAGAUAAGCCAGAGACCUGAAAUGGAUGCUUCCGGAAGGCGGGAGGGAUGGGGC